CUUCGAUCCCAGCCUAAACCCCACAUCCAUCCUCAGAUCCAGCUAAAGCCUUGGAUCCAUCCCGGCAGCCUUCAAUCCCAGCCUAAACCUUGGAUCCAUCCUAAACCCCAGAUCUAUCCUUGGAUACUUGGAUCCAGCUUAAACCUCGGCUGCAUCCCUGCACCCUUCGAUCCCAUCCUAAACCCCAAAUCCUUGGAUCCAGCUUAAACCUUGGCUGCAUCCCUGCACCCUUCCAUCCCAUCCUAAACCCCACAUCCAUCCUCAGUCCCAGUCUGAACCUUGGAUCCAUCCUAAGCCCCAGAUCUAUCCUUGGAUCCUUGGAUCCAGCUUAAACCUCGGCUGCAUCCCUGCACCCUUCGCUCCCAUCCUAAACCCCGAAUCCAUCCUAAACCCCAGACGGAUCCAACCUUGGAUCCAGCCUAACUCCUGCACCCACGCCCUUAUCCUCAGCCCCGGAUCCCCCCCUUUUUUCCGGGCCGUCACCACUUCCCCUUUGCCGUCAGCUCCACCUCUUCCCCCUCGGGAGUUCCAACGGGCGCCGGAUCGAACCCCUUCCAUGGCCUCCGCUCUUUGCGGCAACUUCAGCGCCUUCCAGGAAUCGCUGUGGCCGCUGCUGGCGGCUCAGUUCCCGCUGGCGUUGGUGGGCAACGGCUUCGCCGUCUAUCGCUUCGCCGUCCGCGAGCGCUCGUGGCACAGCGGCAUCGUCUACUCCUUCCAUUUGGCCCUCAGCGGAAUGUUCUACUCCGCUUCCCUCCCUUUCCUGGCGGCGUAUUACUUCCCCCCUAAGGAUUGGCGCUACGGUUCGGCCUUCUGCAAGCUGGAACGCUUCCUCUUCAACGUCAACCUCUACGGCGGCGCCUUCUUCGUCGCCUGCAUCAGCCUCAACCGCUACCUCGCCGUCGUCCACCCGCUGCGCGUCCGCGGGCGGCUGCAGCCGCGCCACGCCAAAGCGCUGAGCGCCGCCGUUUGGGCCUUGGCCGCCGCGCUUUCGGCGCCCACUUUGGUUUUCGCAGAGCUGCGAGAAGCGGAAGGCGCCGUGGAGUGUUUGGGAAGCGCCGCGCCGCGGCGGUUGGCGGAGUUUUAUCCCUACAGCCUGGUGCUCGCCGGGGUGGGCUGCGCGGUGCCCUUCCUGCUCAGCGCCGCGUGCUACGCCGCCAUAAUCCGCGUUGUAUUCCGUAAUCCUCACCUCAGCCGGACGGAAAAGCGGAAAGUGGGGAUUUUAGUGGCGGUGGGAGUCGCUCUUUAUGCCUUUUCUUAUCUCCCUUAUCACGUUUUCCGGAAUCUGAACCUGUGGCGCCGCUUGCAGCGGACGGGAAGGGAAGAUUGCGGCGUCUCCAGAGCCAUCCACGCUGCGGCGCAGGUGGCGAAGAUCCUGGUUAACCUCAACGUCUGCCUCCAGCCGCUGCUUUACGCCGCGCUGGCCGACAGCGUGCGGAGCUGCUGCGGCGCCGAUGGCAAAGCCACCGAGGACGUGGAGCUGCGGGCGGCAACCUAAGAACCCC